UCAGCCAGACUGCAGCUCAAGACUUAGCUUACAUCCCUCGCCACUACCAUGGGAGAGAUCCACACCCCACUUCCUCCUCCAGCAGGCCUACUCACCCUUUACACACUCCACACCAACAAGAGUCCUUUAGAUACAGAACAGAAUCAUCCAUGGAAAGUGAGGAAUUGAAGCACCGGUCUUCAAGAGAGCAUCGCUAUACAGCAGAAAAGACAGGAAAAGAGGAUGCUCAGGAGAGGAUGCAUAGUGGAAGACGUCCCCGAUAUGUGGUAUCUUCACUGGAGAGUGAGGAACUCAAUGACCACCUAGGGCAUAGUGAGCGUGAACCAUGCACAACCGACAGCGAGGCAGAGGACCGCACAACGCACUAUGAUGAAGAUGACUCACGAGACCCUUCAUGUUACACAGGCCAUUCCCGGGAGCUUGAUGAUACUGUGGCUUCUCGUGGAGCUGCUCCAGUGACUUCUAUGACCUCCCAGGAGCUUGGUGAUCAUCUAAGUCGAGAUCUAAAGCAGUAUCAGACCCGCAGGUCUCGCCAACAUCAAGAGGAUAAACGAGAAGCAGAGGGUGAUGAAGGCACACAUGGAGAAGAAUUGCAACGAUCCCAAAGCCAGGUGUCUUUCAGUCGUGACAAUGUACAGAAUGAAGUGUUUCUGGAGUUCGACAAUAUCUUUCGGCAACAUGGGCAGUACCUGAGUGGUGACCCUAUACCCCCAGCCUCCACAUUGGGCCGUGUCUCCAGGCGUACUACCGACACACUCCUCUCUGUAUCCCGCGCCAACACUCCUGACUCUAUUGAUAUGUCACAUCACCAUUCCUUUUCUCAUCACCGCGAUCACCGCACAAGUGAUCUGCCUUCCCCGCCUACAACGCCACCAAGAUUCUCUCCACCGCCAGCGCCGCCCCGACCCCCCAAGCCUGGCCACCUAAGUCAGCCAGGUACUCCCUCCCCAAAGGCAAAUCGCGCACGCCCCCCUUCUCCGGGAGAAGCCCCUCCUUCUCCACCGCGGCAUCAGCAUCCCUCUGGCAACAGAAAUAGUGAAGAAGAGCGCCUUAUCUGACAAAAGGCUGUGGGCCGAAGUUCCAGACCUUAGAAGCCCUGCCUUCUGUGCUCUCCCUCGCUGGUCAACCGUAGGCAAAGUGCUCAUAGCUGAAAAGUGGGAGAGGGUGUCUGUGUGUGCAGUGGAUCUCGAGGUACAUCCCAAAAAUGUUAACAUCUUGUGUGCACACCAAUGACAUCCCUCCCUUGCUCCCUUGAGAGGCAACAGUCCCGCAAUUUGUCUGUUGGAGAAGUCCUUGGUGGGGUAAGGGUGAAGGAGUGCACCGUAAUGGCCAGGCUUUAACUCUGGGGGUCGCCAGCGUCGUCAACAUGUAUACUAAAGAAAUAUUACAAAAGCUUCUUAGAUUUCGCAUAAGAUGCGAAAUGACCAAGAAGCUGCAAUAGAAUGCCGUAAUUGUACUUAUACUGGCGUAAUAAGGGCUUGUGGUGGCGGUUGGUGGUGGAGGGAACACGCACUAGUGAUGGGGACGAAGAUUACCAUUAGCUCAUGCUUGUGUCUGGGUUGCCUUAGUUAACCGGCAGGAUGAAGGCGUACGCGGUCGCUUGGUUCAGUGGUUCUCAGUCACUUGCAGUGGCUUGCGAAGACACGACCGAGCCGAUUCCAUCAUGAUAAUUGCACUGACCGUGUAUCAUUGCCAUUCCAUUGGUUUCUGUUAUAUAUUUGAAAUAACUUAGUGGUCACGGUUAUCUUAGAUAUCAACACUGUCUCAAUAAAAGAGUAAUGAGUUUGCACACCGUUAUGUGAUGUCAUUGUCGCUUAAUCAACCCACCACCAAUAGACUCCACCCGCGAGCAAUUUCUCUUUGCUCCACUGAACAUACUCACGCAUUAGACACAGGUAGACGGAUCCACGGACCGACCGACACACACACACAUAUAUAUAAUACACACACACAUACACAUUCACUCAAUGACUCACACUCGCUCACUCUCUCUCACACACUCGCACACUCACUCUCACACACACUCACACUCAC